AUGAGCGACACCUCCGCUGCCUCUGACGUCCUCGGCACGAUGCCCACCGCCGCUUCGUCUGGGCUUCCCACGGGCGCCGUCCCUUCUUCCUCGUCGGGGCCCUUCUCCAUCCGCAACGUCGACAUCCUCACCCACGUCCCCGUCAAGCUAGACUACGACGGUGACAAGUACGCCGAGUGGAAGACCUCCAUGCUCGCCGUUCUCGCCCAGUUCGACGCAACCGACCACGUUGAUGAGCACCGCCACCCAGGACACGGAGAAGAGGACGACGAUGAGGAGUGGACGCGCGUGGACGUCACCGUCGUCCUGUGGAUCUACGCCACCAUCUGCGACGAGCUCCUGGACGAGGUCAUGACCGCCCACGGCACGGCCCGCGAGGUCUGGGCCCAGCUGCGCGACUUCUUCGACUACGAGGACGAGCACGUCGCCUUGGACGCGGGCGAGGAGCUCCGCUACGGCGCGCAGGGGGACUUGUCCAUCGAUGACUACUGCUGGCGCCUCCAGGCGCUGGCCGAGGCCCUCGCCGAGCGGGGCGAGCCCGUGGAGGACCGCGUCCUGGCGCUGCUGAUGAUCCGCGGGCUGAGCCCCAGGUUCCAGGCCAUGGGCGCCGCGCUGCUUGUCUGCCCCGCCGUCCCCAGCUUCAUGCAGGCCUUCGCUCGGCUGCACCUCGAGGAGUACGACCAGAACCAUGGCCCGGGCGUGCAAUGA